AGUUUCUGACAUUUCCGACAGCCCUUGAAAGCACCACAGGCGCAAUGCUCGCAUUCAGCUAACAUGAGCUUUGUAAAAAGUCACUAAACAAACUUAUCAGCGUCAACACUCACCGGCGGGAAGCGAACACUGUACCGUCUCUUGUUCCCUGGCAUCGAAACGUCUCCACGCCGCGCGGCGCCUUCGCAUGUUUCAUGUUUUGUCCGCGAAGCGUCGCCGCGUCCAUUUGUUUACCUUCUUCGGCGGGAAAGGAAGGAAGCUAACUGGCUAGCCGGCUAGCUUGAGUGGUCACCUGACCCCCGACGAUGACGUCACCACAUCGCCGGUAAAAUGUGCAGACCAAACGAGGGACUUUCGCAUCUUUUGACCACUGGAGCAACUUGAAUCCGUCGAUUGGCUGCGCAGUAGCAGGAGAGGAGACCCUGCAGCAGGCCAAGCAGCGCCCCCCACAGGAGGAGUUCCUCCGCGCUGGUCUUCAUCCUCUGCUCCAGUGUCCCGACAUGAGUCCCUCUCCCAGCAUCCCAGCCUCAGUCGAGCGUGUGAAAGCUGCGGACGUCAAGGUCAUCGCCGCGCUGGGAGACUCGUUGACGACAGCUAUUGGUGCCAACGGCUCCACCAUUCUCGACAUCCCUUUUGAAUUUCGCCAAUUGUCUUGGAGCAUCGGGGGAUACGGAACCUACCAGAAUGUUAUUACAUUGGCAAAUAUUUUCAAACUCUUCAACCCCGGGCUGCUGGGUCCGUCCCCGUGUGCCACCUUUCACGGACGGCCCGUCACCGUCAACCAGACCGGCUUCAACUUUGCCGUGACGGGACACAACACGCUGAACGUGUCAGAUCAGAUCCGUCACAUGAUAAAAACCUUGCAAUCAUACCCCGGUUUAAGCUUCCACCAAGACUGGAAGGUGGUGACCGUGCUGAUCGGCAUGAACGACGUCUGUGAUUACUGCAAGAACAAGACCCUGUUCUCUGCUGGCAGUUUCAUCCACUACAUGACUGAAGCCCUGGACAUGAUGAUGGACCAGAUCCCGAGGACCAUCGUGAACGUGGUGCAGAUUCUCCCCAUGAAGCCUCUCAGAGACGUCCACAAGCCAACGCUGGGCUGCCAGCUUCAAAAGCGCUUCUGCUCGUGCCUCGUUCAGCCCGAGGAAGACUCGCCCGAGCUGGAGGAGCUGGUCCAGGUGAACGUGCAGUUCCAGAGGAAACUGCGACAACUUCUCGAUGGCGACCGUUUCUUCAAAAAGGACUUCGCCGUCGUUCUGCAGCCUUUUUUGGAGAAGGCGGCACCGCCCAGACUUCCUGACGGUACUGUGGACUCCAGCUUCUUCACGGCCGACUGUUUCCACUUCACCGUCAAAGGACACGAGGAACUGGCCAAGGGGCUGUGGAACAACAUGUUCCAGCCUGAAGGAGAAAAGGAGAUGAUCGACACCUUCUCCGAGCCAACAAAACUCAUUUGUCCACCAAAGGAGCAUCCUUACAUUUACACCAGACCAGAGAGCAAGUCGUCUUCUCCAACAAUCAAACUAUCUUCUCUGGCCACACUCUUCUUUGUUGGUGCCCUCGUUCUUCCUCUCUACUCGUAGUAGCCUGCACCUUUCAGGGCCGGUCUGGAGGUGCAUUUCUUUAUUACGAAAGCUGGGUUUUUUUUAACACUGAGAUUGUGAACUGAAUGUUUUUGCAUUGAAUUAUACUGACAAUUUCAUUUAAAAAA